AUAAUAUUCUCAUGCCCUUCACAAUUCUCUCUGUUUUUAAUAUUCUUCUCUCUAAUAAAAUUCAUACCCACAACCCUCUCCUCAACACUUCCCUCCCAUUUUCCUCUUCCUUCACUUUUUUCUUUUCUGGAUCUCAUUUUCUCACCUUUCGUUUUCUUUUCCCAUUCCAGUUGAGUUUGAUUGAGGUUAAAGAUUUUGAAACAGAGCGCUUCUAUUGCUGCCUCACUGUUUAGGGGGGGGUUUUCUUGUUUAAUGAACAAAGUUAAAAGAGUCGGUGUUGUUUCUGUUUUGAGUUUUGAGUCUUGAGUUUCCUUUACGGUUUAGUUUAAAAAGCAGAGGAACCCAUUUUACACAACAUUGACAACCAAUACUCGCCGGACCAAUAAACAGACAGAGUAAGAACAAGAGAAAAGGAAAAAAAUAAGAAAGGAAAAGAAGCAGAUUCUAAAUUUCCCGUGAAAUUUGGUCUUUUGAAAAUCCUAAUAUUAGAAAAUCUUUGACACGUUUUUUGGGUUGAUCCUAUUUUUUCCUCAAUCGGAAAAAAGUUUAAAAGGAAAAAGAAACAAGGGUUAGGGGGAAGACUCUGAAAAUUUUCGUCUCUCUCCCUCUCCUCAGAAAUUAUGAUUCUUGACAAAGGGUCAAUGCAAUCCAAUUUGGGUUGUUUUCUUCAUUGCACAACGCCGGUUGUCAACUCCCAAUUCUUGUCCAAGAGUGAGAUUAGGAAUCUUAAUCGUUUAUGGCAUCCAUGGGAGAGAGAGAAGGUUGAAUAUUUCACCCUCGGCGAUCUCUGGAAUUGUUACGACGAAUGGAGCGCUUACGGUGCUGGUGUUCCAAUUGCCGUCAACAACGGCGAGACCCUUGUUCAAUAUUAUGUUCCUUAUCUCUCUGCAAUCCAAAUCUUCACCAGCAAUUCCACCGUCAGUGGUUUCAGGGAUGAAUGCGGUGACAGUGAAACAAGGGAUUCAUUCAGUGAUUCUUGUAGCGAUGAGAGUGAAAGUGAAAAAUUAUGGAGAUGGGACGGAAGUUCAUCGGAAGAAGGAGGAUUCUUAGAACAAGAAAGCCCUAUGCACCUCAGUGACAGAUUGGGGUACCUUUACUUUCAAUAUUUCGAGAGAUCAACUCCAUACGGAAGAGUUCCAUUGAUGGAUAAGAUCAGUGGAUUAGCUCGAAGAUACCCUGGGUUGAUGACAUUGAGAAGCGUUGAUCUUUCUCCAGCUAGUUGGAUGGCUGUUUCGUGGUACCCAAUAUACCACAUUCCUAUGGGGAGAACAAUAAAGGAUUUAUCAACAUGCUUCUUGAGUUACCAUACACUAUCAUCAUCAUUUCAAGAUAUGGAUGUGGAGGAUGAAUUUGAGAGUGGAGAAAAGAAGAGAAAAGAAGGGGAAGGGAUAUCGCUGGCAGCAUUUGGGUUAGCCACAUACAAGAUGCAAGGAAACGUGUGGAUUUCUGGAAAUUAUGGAAGGGACCAAGAAAGAUUGAUGUCUCUAUUGAGCGUGGCUGAUUCUUGGCUAAAGCAACUCAGGGUCCAACACCACGAUUUCAACUACUUUACUGCCAUUCGUCGUGGCUAACCCCAGCCCCCACUCAACAACACCCAUUUCUCCACGGAUUCAUUCACCUCUUCUUCAUCUUCUUUCAAAGAAAAAAAAAAAAAAAACAAAAACAUAAAAACAAAAACAAAACUAAAAAAAUCCCGGGAAAAUUCUUCUUUUCCUUUUUUCUUCUUCUGUGGUUUCUUUUUAGAGUGUGACCAAGGAUUUUAACUUCAUCUCAGCCAGCAUCCAUGCCUGAGUUUUUCAUGUUGCAUCACUUUUUUCUUCUUCUUCCUUUUAUUUUGACUAGUGGUGGGGGUGGUUGUGCAUACUAAACUACUGACUGAUUUACUACUCAUCCAGGCUUUGUUGAAAGGGGAUAGGGAUAACAAACAACACGGAUCUUUGAGAUCAGAGAGUUUGAGAGAGAGGGAGAGAGACUAGAGACAGAGAGGCAGAGAGAGACUCUUGAAUUGUCACUAAUUUGAAUCAUCAAUUGUGUUAUGUUUCUCUCAAUUGUGAUACAUUUUCCAUUUCACAACAAAUGAAAAAGGGAAAAAAAAACGAAAAAGAAAAAAGAAACUCUCUUUGAGAA